AUGGUUAUUUGUUUCCAAGAUCCAGACAACAUAUAUUCAUCAAAAAAGGCAAAGAAAUAUCAAGAUGGUGGUGGUGUAAUAACCAAACAGAAAUCGUUUCUUAGAUUAUCGAUCCUAGACAUAAGCAAUCCAAGUUCUACGACCUUGUCUGAAGAUCUAUCGAUCUCUCUCGCUGGCUCGGACCUCCACGAGUUUACACUUGCCGAGCUCAAAGUUAUCACACAGAGCUUCUCUUCCAGCAACUUCCUCGGUGAAGGAGGGUUUGGUCCGGUUCACAAGGGUUUCAUCGACGACAGGCUCCGUCCUGGUCUUAAGGCUCAACCCGUCGCCGUUAAACUGCUCGAUCUUGAAGGCCUUCAAGGUCACCGAGAGUGGCUGACGGAGGUUGUAUUCCUAGGGCAUUUAAAGCAUCCGAAUCUGGUGAAGCUGAUCGGGUAUUGCUGCGAGGAAGAACAUAGAUUACUCGUCUAUGAGUUCAUGCCUCGCGGUAGUUUAGAGUCUCAACUCUUUAGAAGGUAUUCUGUAUCGCUACCAUGGUCAACGAGGAUGAAGAUCGCUCAUGGAGCUGCAAAGGGUUUGCAGUUUCUACAUGAAGCCGAGAAGCCUGUCAUCUAUCGCGAUUUCAAGGCCUCUAAUAUCUUGUUAGAUUCUGAUUACACACCGAAACUCUCAGACUUUGGGUUAGCGAAAGAUGGACCAGAAGGUGACCAGACACAUGUAUCAACACGGGUAAUGGGCACGCAAGGGUACGCGGCACCAGAAUACAUAAUGACAGGUCAUCUAACUGCAAAGAGUGAUGUGUACAGCUUUGGGGUAGUGUUGCUUGAGCUAUUGACGGGUCGAAGAUCAACGGACAAAAAGAGAUCAACAAGGGAACAAAACCUCGUUGACUGGGCUCGUCCAAUGCUCAACGAGCCACGUAAACUCGGGAGAAUAAUGGACCCGAGGCUUGAAGGUCAGUACUCAGAGACGGGAGCACGAAAGGCAGCUGCUUUGGCUUACCAGUGUCUAAGCUACCGACCAAAGAACAGGCCAUGCAUAAGCACAGUCGUGUCAAUCCUCCAAGAAAUCAAAGAUUACAACAGUGAUAUUCCUAUUGGGACAUUCACGUACACGGUCUCUCCCUCUCCUACCAGACCAAGCCCCGAUGUUCGACUAACAAGUCUUCAAAACACUCGCAACCAUUAUAACUCGCGGUCUCCCGCGCAUACCGCACGAAACCAUCGGUUAAAUUUGAGAAACGGACUGAAUUCACCAAUGCGUAACGAGGCCGGAGGGGAACGGUACUGA